GGGCAAAGGCUGGGUCCCAUGAGUGAAGAUGUCCCUGGUGGACCUGGGGAAGAGGCUGCUGGAGGCCGCCCGCAAAGGCGAAGAUGACGAAGUGAGGAAGCUGAUGGCCAGUGGGGCUCCCUUCACCACUGACUGGCUGGGGACGUCGCCGCUUCACCUGGCUGCCCAGCACGGCCACUACUCCACAGCAGAGGUGCUGCUCCGGGCUGGUGUCAGCAGAGACGCCCGCACCAAAGUGGACAGGACACCACUACACAUGGCUGCAGCUGAUGGACACACUCACAUCGUGGAACUGCUCAUUAGGAACGGGGCUGAUGUCAACGCCAAGGACAUGCUGAAAAUGACAGCUCUGCACUGGGCCACGGAGCACAACCACCGGGACGUGGUCGAGCUGCUCAUCAAGUACGGAGCCGACGUCCACGCUUUCAGCAAGUUUGAUAAAUCAGCUUUCGAUAUCGCUCUGGACAAGAACAACCCGGAGACGUUGGUAAUGCUGCAGGAAGCGAUGCAGAGCCAGGUGAGCGCUCACCCGGAGAGAACAGACCCCAUCACCGGCGCUGUGACUCUCACCUCACCCUUCAUCCUCACACCGGGGGAGGUUCUCAACCUCACGAGUCUGGUCUCUUCAGGGAACCCCAAAACAACCUCAGGUAAGACGGAGGAAGCAGCGGAAGCGAAUUCCAUGGAUUGUGCCAUCCAGGGAGCGGUCGGCGGCGGCGGGCAGCACGUCAUCGCCAUCGUGACCGACGGGGUGCCCCUGAGCACCCUGCAAGCAGCUGGUCCCACCACCAGCCUCAGCCAGCCCUUCAUCCUCACCGUGCAGGAUGGGCAGCAAGUUUUAACUGUACCUGCUGGUCAGGUUGCAGAAGAGGCUGUUACUGAAGAGAGGGAUGACGCAGAAGAGGAGGAAAAGCCGCUGGCCAAGAAGCAGAAAGUGGAAGGAGACGUAGAUGACUCCAAGGAAGACGAGGAUGGUGUUGAGAGGGAAGUGCUGGAGCAGCAGCUGGAGGAGGCCAACCGGAAGGCUCAGGAGUAUCGCAGCCAGCUCCUGAGGAAGGAGCAGGAGGCAGAGGAGUACCGGCUGCGGCUGGCGGCCAUGGGGAGGCCACAGCCCAACGGGGACGAGGUGACGCUGCUGGAAGGGGUCCCCCAGGCCCACCCGCUUGUGGUGGCCUCAGAAGACAUCAAGGAGUCGGUGCUGGCCAUGCUGGAAACGGAGCAGCCCACGGAUAUCGCUGUGGAAACUGUUACCUCCUAAUCCCUGGUUUUGUAAAGGAAAUCCCUGGGGUUUUG